GGUGCGUGCUUUCCGCUACAACGAGUCGACACUCUUUGCUCCUCUGCGCGCUCACGGUCGCUUUCUGGUCGACACAGUCGAUUUGACGAUAAGAAAUUUCUUUCCGGACAAUAAUGGUAGCAUCGGUCUGGAAAGGUGCCUCCUCCUUCCAAAGAAAACAUUAUAUAAGUCUUAUAAUUUGUUUUUAAUGUCGAAUAGAUACUGCAAGGUGGUAUUUAAAAUAUGGAAUGACCACAAACACUCAUGUUAUCAGACUCUGCUUUAUGCCUAAAGGCACCCAGAGCAUACGGUUUGGACCACUCUGAAGGAAAUACCAAGUUCAACUAAAUAGUUUUAUUAGGCUUGGAUAGUUGUAAUUAACCACGUCUGGCUUUAUAAUAUACUUUAAAACAAUAAAGAGGGAUUUGAGGAUUGCAAAUUUAUGUUUUAUUUUAUCACCGGCAUUGAACAGACCAUCUGUAUCAGAGCAGAUUCAUUUAAAUGGAAAAUGUUACUGUUAAAGGGUCCCGAAAUCUCACUGUCAUGGCUUUGCAACUUUUUGUGAUAGGUUUAUGGUUCCUUAUGACUUCGGAAGGCUAUCUCCUUCUUUUCCCACAUAUGUGCCUGUUCUUAGGUUGCCACCUACUUGCAUUAUGAACCCUGAAAAAACUGAACUUUCUACAACAGCACAAUUGGAGCCAGUAGACUUGACAGUGAACAAGAGUAGAUGUUCUUUGUCACCAGCAUCCUUGCCAGCCAGUUUACCUGCAUCACCCACAGUCCCAUCCUCUCCAUCCUCCACGGGUGAUAGCUCAUCAUGUAUAGAUUUACGGCUCAACAAAGAUUUUAAUUCAGAUGAAGAAAUAAUAGAUCCUGUUUCUACUUCUGAAUCUUCACUUUUAUCACUUCAGAGGAUAAAAGAAGCAUCUAUUGCCAUGUUUCAAAUGAAAGAACAGCCCAGUUUUUUGAAUAACUUAUUAAAGAGAGGUUUAAUCGAUCAGAAUGAAGGAAGGUUUUUCACGAAUUCAAUAAUGAGCAAUGGCAAGGUUUUAACAGAGAGCAUAGGUCUGCCUAGUAACAUGGUGAAAGAAGGAAUGGACAUUUAUUCAGAAAACUUACGACGAAGAAAAACGCAUAAAUGCGAUUUCAAAGGGUGUGAAAAAGUCUACACAAAGAGUUCACAUCUUAAGGCUCACAAACGCACUCACACAGGUGAAAAGCCAUAUUCCUGUACUUGGGAUGGCUGUCCUUGGAAAUUUGCCCGAUCUGACGAACUUACUCGACACUACAGGAAACAUACAGGUCAGAGACCGUUUAAAUGCAAACUGUGCACUCGAAGUUUUUCCAGAUCCGAUCAUUUAUCUCUGCAUAUGAAGAGGCAUUAGUUCAUCUUUCAUAUAAAACCUUAAAUUGAAUAUCUUUGAUACAUAAAGAAUAGAUUUGUUUCCCGAAGGAAGUACAAAGUCAUUUUUAACCACCAUUCCACUUCAAAGAUUUGUUAUUUUACCUAUUUGACGAGCUCUGUUUUAACAGAGUGAUUGACUUAUGUAUUUUUUCUAUUGAUUUGCAGGACAGUGCUACUGUUUUCUGCUUUUAAAGGGCCUUCUUUAAAAAACUCAACACCUAUCCAUUGUUCUUUUACAUUUCUUAAACGUUCUUAGGAUGAGAUUUAAAUUUUAUUAAUUUCAUUAUGUGUUAUGUUUUAACAUUUUAGUCAAUUAUUUUAAAAUUUUUAUAGAUUUGUCAUUAAAUGAUUCUCUACUAUAUAGUCUUUUUUUUUUAAUGUAAUUUUAAAAAAUAAAUUAAUUUAAUAACAAAAAUAUAAGAUUUCUACUUUUAAUCAGAUUUGUUUUAACUAUUUUUAAUAAAUGAACUAAAACCAUACAUAAUUUUGAAAUAUGAUUUAAAUAAUGUAAAAGAACAUUUUAAACAUAAAGAUUUUUACACAAUAACUUUAUGUAAUAGAAUUACAAAUGUCCAUGAAUAAAAUCAGGCCAGUAUUGUUAUUUAUAAAGCAAAUAUAUACAAUGUGAUUAUAUUAUGAAACUAGAUUUUUGUAUGUCCUUAGUUAUAUGUUUAUUUGACGAAGUACUUUUUGUGUACUGAAAUUUAAAAAUUAUACAAUUGUGUAUACCUGUAUGAGGCAAACUGAAACUUUGCCUUUGUACCGUGUACUGACUUGACGAGAGAUUUUCUCAUAUUUUUUUUUUUGUUUCGCUUCCUUUUGCUUAGAUUUAAUUUAUAAAUAUAAUCUGGAAGUUUCUAAACUCGACAAUAAUUCUUAAUCAGGAACUUAUUCCUGGUAAAAGAAUAGGCUGAUUUUGUGAUAAAGAAUUUUUAUUUUGUGAUUAUUGUGAAGAAAAAAAAUUGAUAUUUUUCAAUGUAUAUUUGCUGUAAAGGAAUGAAGUUUUUUAUAAUAUAAAAAAUAUUUAUGUGUUAAUAUAUUAUAUUUUUGUUUAAAACUAUAUGAAGAAAUACUUAACAUAUUUUAUCAUGUUAGGUUGUAAAACAUUUAUUUAGAAUUAUGUUUUAGUUAUUGUGAAAUGGUAUGCCAAUAAUCUUCGAACAAACAUCAUCUGUUUGAUUACAGAUUUUUAUUGUCAUUAUAGUAUUUCGAGAAAAAAGUAAUUUAGUUUAAGUAAUUAGACUGUUUAUGAAUAACUAUAGCACUGAAGACAUGGUCUCAAUUUUAAUUUCCAUACUAUUUUUCUAAGAACAAUUAUUGUGAAGCUUUGAAGUUUAUUGUUGAAUUUUAAUCCUGUUAAUAUUAUCUUGUUUUGUGAAUAAAGCAAACAUUUAUAGGAAUGUGAUUUUAUCAAACAGUAUUAUCAUCACAAAAAGUUAUUUGGUCUAUUGCUCAAAACAAAAUUUCUUACUGUUAAAUCACAUGAUGAUUCCCCGUAUUUUGUGAACAUUAUACCAGUAACGUACUUUCAAAAUUGCAGUUUAAAGUGUACAAUUAGCUGACAAUUUAUGUCCUAUUAGUGUAAGUAUUAAGAUAAUUAUAGUAUUAAAUUUGAUCAAAAUUUGUGAAGCAUAGUCAGUAUAUCAUUCGAUUUUGUAAGUUUUAUUUUUAUGGAAUGAAUGUCAAAAUGUUUUUUAAAUACAGUUAAAUAUGAGAAUAAUAAUAACUAGCGUGGAAAAAAUUUAAAAUUAUUAAUAAUUUAUUUAAAUUAUACUUUAGAAACUUAUAAAUUUUAUAAUAUGUCAUCACUAUGAAAUGGUAUUUUGAAUCCUCUUUACCAAUUUAAUUUUAUAACUCAAUGAAAAAAUUUUUAAAGGUUUAAUUUGGUCUAUUUUUUAAUUAUAUUGAUUUAAAAUUUAUUAUUUUUUUGUAUGUGAUAGGUCAAGGAAUAAAUAUGGCUAAGUUAUUUUUUUUUUGUUGUAGACUUUAUGUAUAAAUUAGUCAGUUUUAAAAAAAAUUAUAGAAAAUUUAAACUUUUUCAAAAGCUUCUUGAGAAAUAAUUGGUUAACAAAAUGAUCAAAGAAAUAAAAAGUUAAUCUGAUUUCCCCUAACAGUUUUUACUGGAAUUAUGUGAAUAUUGCUCAUACUAUUUGAGAGAAUAAAUAUCUUGCACGUUAAACGAUAUUGUGAAUUGUAUAUUAUGUAACUUAUAUUCAAUUUAACCAGAGCUCAAACUUAAUUGUUAUUAAAUAUAGGAAUAUUGGGAAUCAAGAAAUUUUCUUCCUUUCUUUAAAGAAUCUGGUGCUGUGCCAAUUAAUGAAUAGGGAAAUGUUAUAUUUUAUAUUUAUAAAGGUUAUAAGUAUAAAUCAAUCUGGAUUUUUAAAAAAAGGAUUUUGCAUUAUGAAUAGUUUAAAAGCUCUUUGAAUAGCAUAUUUUAAUCAUUAAUAGUAAUUAAAUAACUUGAACGACAGAAAGAAAAUUUGUUUAUUGAAAACUUUGCUCACAUAUUUAUCUAUAAUUAUGUGAACAAAGUUUUUUUUUUUUAAGAAUUUUGUAAAUAUCCGAUUCUAUGCAGUAUAAUGUAUAGCAAUUUUAUAUGAAAUCAUAUUUCGGGUUAAAAUAUAUAUAACUCACACUCAAUUUGAACAAUGCUCAAACUUGUUAUGAAAGAAUAAUAGUAAUAAAAUUUUUUUUUUCUUAUCGUUCAUGAAUACAUUUACGUGACAGGAUAAUUUUUAUUUUAUACAGAAAUUUUUAAUUUACUUUCAGAGUUUUAAAAAAAACCACUUUUUUUUUUGCUUUAAAUCUGAACCUGUCAUGAAUUUUAAGUUCAAUGUAGCAUAACAUUAAGUAGAGUAUUAUAUAAGAGACUGUAAUAAUAGCUGGACUAUCAUCUAAAUGCUUUAUUUAAUAUUAUUGUAGUUAUAAAUUGCUUAAAUGAAUUAAGUUCUUUUUAUUUCAUCCCAAUUUUGAUUUUUUGAAUCAUAAAAUAUGUUUUGAUUCAGAAGGCUAUAAUUUAUGGUGAGUAGGGAUGAAAUGAAUCAUGCUCUUUAUCAGUGUUUCUCAACCCAAUUUACUAAAACGACCCAGUUUGUUUCAUCUCUACAAUGUACAAUCUAGCUUUCUACAGUCUGAAUAUUUUGAGCCUAUAUCUAUUUAAAUAUAUAAAAUUUAUUUUAAUACUAAUGCAGAUAUUAAUCCUCUGAUCGUCAGUUGAGAAACACUAUCCUAAAUUACAUAAUGUUAGUCAUAAACCUAGAAUUCACAUUUUAAAUGCCUACAAGAAAAAACGAUCUUACAAGAAAAAUUCUAUUUUAAUCCAUGGUGAAUUUCUGUUGUAUCUGUUACAUAUAUAUAUUAAACUAGGGAGGGAAUUGUGAAUUCAUCUGCAUACAUAAUAAAAUUUGAUCGAAGUAAAAAUAAAAAUUUUGUUUUAUACGUGAGAUACCUAUUUUGCUUUGGGACAUGAUUUUAAGUGGCCAUAAUACAAGGGGAUUUAAGUGUUAAGAAUUCUACAUUCAGAAUAUUUUAAUCAAAUAAGACAUUAUUAUGUAUUCAAAAGUAAAAAGCAUUCCUGUAACAGCCCAUUGUGGGCCAGGGGGGAAUGGAGGAUAAGGCUCCACAAAUUCGCAUUCACAGUAUAAUAAUAGUAUAGUAGUAAUAUUACUGAUAAUCAUUCCAAAAUAUGAACAAGAUUCUGGGAUUAAAGAUAUUCUAACUUAUAAAGAUUUUUUUUUAAACAAGUCAAUUUCUUUAUAUGAAUCUCAAACCAAUUUGGAGCAAAAGAAAGAAAAUCAAACUGUUUCUAGAAUCAUAUGUUAAAUUACCUAAUUGAAGUGUAAUAUUUUCUCAAAAGCUUGAACUUAAUAAUCUUUGUAUUUUAAGCAUUUUUGAUAGCUCAAUGAGAAUGUGCAGACAUCGAUUGCAGAAUUCCCCCUUUUCCACAAAAAAAGAGUUACUUUUGCUUCAGGAUAUAUUUAUCUCCACCUUUCUGCAAUAAAUAAUUAUUUUUUGUAGUUUGUUUUUAUUAACUCUUUGACAUACAAAUGUUUCUAAUGCGUUUUUCAUAAUACAUUAAAGCCAGUAAUAAUAAUGAAAAGAUUUUUUGGAAAACACUUCACUUUUUUGGCCACUAAGCUUCUAAUUUUUUUAAAUAAACGUUAUAUAAUUGAAGACAUUGUAUUCAGCAAAAAAAUUAUUUCGAUGAAGACUUAAAAUAUAAAGAAUGAAACAUUUUUUUUUGCAGUAAAUGAAACUUUAAAAUUUGUAUGUCAAGGUGUUAAAUUAAAAUUGCCUCUUAUACUGAUACAUUCCUAUUACCUUUAUAUGUACAAUGUAUUCACUAAAAAUACUGUUUGACGCCUGCAUCGCAGAAGAGGUGAAUUCAAGUUGAUUGUAAAUAGAAAUCUAUUUUGUACUCGACAUAUAAAUUAUAAAUAAAAUGUUAUUGUAUGA